AAAAAGAAUGCGGACUCGACGCCAGUAUCGUAUACAACCCGGAGUCGUUUCAUAUCAGGGGACUUGGCAGUUUGGCUCGAAGAAUGCUGCGCGGUGCGGUCGGCCUCGUUCAUACGCGUGUCGUCUUAGCAUUCGCAUUUAUCUUCUUCUUCUCCGCUGUCUUAUCUGAAUGUGCCACCAAUAAUUCGCAGGUGAAAUGCAGCAGAACUUGCGUUGCACAGAAUUGUAAUUCGGUUGGGAUUCGGUACGGGAAGUACUGUGGCGUAGGGUGGACGGGAUGUCCCGGAGAGAAACCAUGCGACGAUCUCGAUGCUUGUUGCAAGAUCCACGAUGAGUGCGUUGAGAAAAAAGGUAUGACUAACAUUAGAUGCCACAAGAAGUUCAAGACUUGCAUAAAGAAAGUACACAAAUCUGGGAAAACCGGAUUUUCUCGGGAUUGUCCCUAUGACACAGCAGUGCCGACUAUGGUACAGGGUAUGGAUAUGGCCAUUUUACUGAGCCAGUUUGGGAACUCAAGGUUGGAGCUGUGACUAGUGAAUUUUAGAAAGAUUGUUGAAGCUGGUUCCUGUAUCAUUCAUUAAAUGGAUUGUUGAACAAUUUUAUAUAGGUACCGGAUCCUCUCUGAUUUAGUAUAUUUACUUAGCUUUGAAAAUAAAUAAUAUUGAUUCAUAUUUGUACUCAGAAUUCUGGAUUUGGAAUUUUACUAAAGCAUGAGUAUUUCUUCA